AGUAGUAGUAGUAGUAGUAGUAGUAGUAGUAGUAGUAGUAGUAGUAGUAGUAGUAGUAGUAGUAGUAGUAGUAGUAGUAGUAGUAGUAGUAGUAGUAGUAGUAGUAGUAGUAGUAGUAGUAGUAGUAGUAGUAGUAGUAGUAGUAGUAGUAGUAGUAGUAGUAGUAGUAGUAGUAGUAGUAGUAGUAGUAGUAGUAGUAGUAGUAGUAGUAGUAGUAGUAGUAGUAGUAGUAGUAGUAGUAGUAGUAGUAGUAGUAGUAGUAGUAGUAGUAGUAGUAGUAGUAGUAGUAGUAGUAGUAGUAGUAGUAGUAGUAGUAGUAGUAGUAGUAGUAGUAGUAGUAGUAGUAGUAGUAGUAGUAGUAGUAGUAGUAGUAGUAGUAGUAGUAGUAGUAGUAGUAGUAGUAGUAGUAGUAGUAGUAGUAGUAGUAGUAGUAGUAGUAGUAGUAGUAGUAGUAGUAGUAGUAGUAGUAGUAGUAGUAGUAGUAGUAGUAGUAGUAGUAGUAGUAGUAGUAGUAGUAGUAGUAGUAGUAGUAGUAGUAGUAGUAGUAGUAGUAGUAGUAGUAGUAGUAGUAGUAGUAGUAGUAGUAGUAGUAGUAGUAGUAGUAGUAGUAGUAGUAGUAGUAGUAGUAGUAGUAGUAGUAGUAGUAGUAGUAGUAGUAGUAGUAGUAGUAGUAGUAGUAGUAGUAGUAGUAGUACGGCCCAGAGUUCGACCCACGCCAGCGCAGUAUCCAAAACGGCCUCCGACGGUGCCAACAGCACGCCGAAAGAAGACCUGCUCCCCAGCUCGCACCCAAACGACCCAGUCCAUGACCAGUACGACAUUACAUCGCCCACGUCGGCAACAAGCACGACUGUGCACCCCGGAACGCCGCCAAGGAGCACAGGUACAGCUACAGGUACGACAACAUCCAACUCACCGCACACCGACACAACUACUCCUACCACCACAACAUGCAAUCACCCAGAUUCGGCGCGUGCUGAAGACCUCCUCUUCUCACUGGUGACUAACACAGACACGUCUAAACAGCCAGCUCCCCUUGGCGACUCGUUGGACUGUAUUCAUUCCGCGAAGCGCAAGUUGUCGGCAGCGAGCAGACGUUCUAUGAAGAGCAAAGUGCUUGAUUUCCUUGCGGCGGCACCGGCAGAGCUCUCCUAUUCUGGCCAAUUGGCCUCCCAGCCGGGAGCGUCCAGUUGGCUGACUUGCCAGCCGAUGAAGCGCCACGGAUUCGCUCUGACUAAGGGUGAGUUCCGGGACGGCAUUGCCCUUCGGUAUGGCUGGCCAUUGACUGGUCUUCCUAGUAGCUGUGCCUGCGGGGCCAGUUUCGAUCUCUGCCACGCAUUAUCUUGUCCAAAGGGUGGCUUUCCAACAUUGCGCCACAAUGAGGUACGUGACGUCACCGCCAGCAUGCUCCGGAGAGUGGCCAAUAACGUUGCGGUGGAGCCUCAUCUUCAGCCGGUCACUGGUGAGCGGUUUCGCCAUCGGACGGCAGUAUCAACUGACCAGGCACGGCUUGACAUUGUGGCAGGCGGGGUGUGGGGCGGACGGUUUGAACGCUGCUUUUUUGAUGUAAGGGUAUUCAACCCAUAUGCAGCUUCGAACCGGUCGGCCCACAUCCAAUCUGCCUUCAACAAGCACGAAGCUGAGAAGCGACGCCAUUAUGCUGAACGAGUACGAGAGGUGGAGAUGUCGAGUUUCACUCCACUUGUCCUGGCAACAACUGGUGGUAUGGGCCGUGCUGCUACUGCUUUCUAUCGGCCGCUGGCUGUCCUUAUGGAGGAGCGUGGAUCAACCGAGAGGGAGAAGGAGAAGCGCUGGCGCGAUUGGAGAAAACACCCUUAUGACCCAGCACUUCAGCAGGCAUUCACCAAUUCCGUGACUGUAGCGAUCGCCACCCAGUUCCGAUCACGACGUGCAAAGGAGGACAGCCUCCGUCGCAGCCUUUCAACUGGGUCCCUCAGAGACAAACAGUGGUGGACGAAGUUGAAGAGCGCUGCAGGCAACCGCACACAGCCCGAAAUUCCCCUAAUUGUUGACUCUGACGGCCGCGAGUGGGCAACGAGCUCAGAGAAAGCAAAGGCAUUCGCUCGCUUCUUCUCGAAAAAAUGCAGCGUUGCCGGUCCGGACCUUGUGGAGGCUGACCUACCGGACCCUGCUCCCUCAGAUGCUCCACCUCUUCGCACCAUCCGCUUCCGCCCAGAGGCUGUGCGCCGCCUUCUGACAAAGCUCGACGUCUCCAAGGCUACAGGGCCUGACGCUAUUUCUGCUCGCGUCCUUAAGGAAUGUGCCCACGAGCUCGCAGAGCCACUGUCCAAGCUAUUUGCCUUAUGCUUCCGGUCUGGAGUCCAACCUAGAAUGUGGAAGACGGCCAACGUGGUUCCGAUCCACAAGCGAUCUUCCCGCUCAACCUAA